CAUCCAUGAAAUAUUUCAAUUUGGUAAUUAUCUUUUUAUUAAUAUAUAGUUUUGAUAGAUAUUUAUUAGGUUCAUAAAUUAAUCUGAAAGUUGAUUUUAUUAAUACGCAGGAAAUGUAGAAAACAUUUUCCAACCGAUUUUUAGUUUUCCAUCAAAACACCAAAAAAUAAGUUAGUUUUUAUGAAACAAAUCAAGCCUUAGACUCACCUAAAAAGCUCGAAUCUGGAGCCCAAUUAACAAAAAAAAAAUUGUGGGGCAACAAAAAUUUAAUCUCUUAACUAGAAAAUCUAAUAACAAAAUUCAAAAUAAUUAAAACCUAAAACCCUUCUUCAACCCUUAAUCCUUCUCACUCUCAGUCUCUCACAAGCACCUUUCUGCUGAAAAAAAAAAAAAAAAAAGAAAUUAUAAUAAAUCUGCCAGCUUUAGCUUCAUGAAGCUGCUGCGUCUGGGAUCAAAUAGUAACCUAUGGCAAAGUGGCUAUCAAAUUUUAAGGGCUCAAUUUUUGUCCACUUCCACUUAUUCUUUAUCAUCGUCAGCUCCAAUAGACACUCUGUAUGGUAGGAUAUCGAAGGCAGGAAAGCCAUCGAUCUCAAUAGUUCCAAUUCUGGAGAAAUGGCUUGAAGAAGGUAAUGAUGUUAAGAAGCCCGAGCUUCAAAAAUUUGUCAAGCAGCUUCGCAAGUACCGUCGCUUUACUCACGCCCUUCAGGUAUCAGAAUGGAUGACUGACAAAAAGGGCUGUAGCCUAUUACCUGGUGAUGUUGCAGUCCGGCUUGAUUUGAUCUCAAAAGUUCAUGGCUUGGUAAAAGCAGAGGAAUAUUUUAACAGCAUUCCAGAUACGUCAAGAGACCGCCAGGUUUAUGGAGCUCUUUUAAAUUGCUGCGCACACUCGAAACUUUUGGGAAAAGCAGAGGCCACUAUGCAGAAGAUGAAAGAUUUGGGGUUUGUAAAAAAUUCGCUUUCUUACAAUGUAAUGCUAAGUCUUUAUUCACAUAUGGGUAAUUAUGAGAAACUAGAUCCUCUAGUGCAAGAGAUGGAAGAAAAUGGCAUAAGUUGUGACAGGAUCACAUACUGCAUCCGGUUGAACGCUUGUGUAAACUCUUCUGACAUUGAGGGAAUGGAGAAGCUUCUAAUGAAGAUGGAAGUGGAUCCUAAUAUCAGUGUGGGCUUCCAUGCUUAUGUAAUUGCAGCAAAUGGUUAUUUGAAAGCAGGCCUAGUUGACAAAACUCUAAUCAUGUUGAAGAGAUCAGAGCAGUUAAUCAGCGGUAACACAAGAAGGUUUGCUUACGAAUUUCUCCUCACUUUAUAUACAGCUAGUGGGAAUAAAGCUGAAGUCUAUCGUAUUUGGAACAAGUACAAGGAAAUUGGCAGAUUCUUCAACUCAGGCUAUAUAUGUAUGAUAAGUUCAUUGCUGAAGUUGGAUGAUAUAGAUGGUGCUGAGAGGAUCUUUGAGGAGUGGGAUUCUAAGAAAGUGCUUUUUGACAUUCGCAUUCCAAAUUCGAUGGUUAACGUGUAUUCCAGAAAAGGUCAUUUGGAAAAGGCUGAGACAUACAUAAACAAGAUAGUUGCAAGUGGGGAGGAGCCUGAUGCUACUUCAUGGAAUCAUCUGGCAGCUGGAUAUCAUUCGAGUGGUCAGAUGACAAAAGCAGUAGAAACAAUAAGGAAAGCAAUCUCAGUUAGUAAACCAGGAUGGAAGCCCAGCCUUCUUACAUUGUCCGCCUGUCUUGAGUUUUUGAAAGGGCAGGGAGAUGCAGAAACACUGGAAGAGCUUUUGAAGAUCGCUAAAGAGCAUUGCUGUUUUUCUGCAGGUGCUUAUGCUAAAUUAUCAAGUUGUAUUGACAAUGAAAACCUCACAACCAUUGCCCUUGAUCAAAUGGAAGAAGAUUAUCAGAAUUUCAGUGAAGAACCACCUGCAGCCUUGGGGUUCAUAGAAAAGGGAAGCACCUGAAUUAUGACAUUAGUUACAGCUUUUUAUGAUAAACUAUUACUUUCUUAAUUACAAUGAGUAUUUGGUAGUGAACAUCCUAUUAUCAUCUAUUUGAGGUUUAUUAAUUAACCUUUGCUUUCCGCGGUUCGAAA